AUGGGAUCUCUCUGCUUAGCGUUGUGGGAAAGAUCUUCGCCAGAGUCACUUGAGCAGGCUACAGAAACUGACAGGGUAUAUCCUGAAUCACAGUGUGGCUUCAGGACUCAGUGCUCAGCGUCUGAUAUGAUCUUCUCCCUAAGACAGCUACAAGAGAAGUGCAGAGAACAGGGACAACCGCUCUAUCUUUCGUUCAUCGACCUCACCAAGGCCUUUGACCUCGUAAGCCGGGAGAGCCUGUUUCGAGUCCUCACGAAGAUUGGGUGUCCACCGAGGCUCCUUUGCAUCAUCCAGUCUUUCCACACAUAUAUGAAGGGCAUCGUUCAGUUUGACGGCUUUUUCUCCCAGUGGAGCGACAAAGUCACCAACGUCGAAGUUCUCACCCGUGCGCAGAUCCCAAGUCUGUUCACCACGCUCCGGCAGCGCCGACUCCGCUGGCUUGGCCACAUGCAUCGCAUGCCGGAUGGAAGAAUCCUAAAGGACUUAUUGUACGGUGAGCUGGCCCCCUGA